AUGUCUGAAACAUGGGACAUGUACGGUAGGCUGGGUGCUAUCGAUAAGACCGUCGCGCUGGGACUGAGACGACGACUAGGACCAUCACUGGUCCAUAUCGGACAUGCCGGGCACUUGCGUAAUGCUCUUCACCAUGCUUCACUUGAUCGCCCUCGCUCUCCAAUCGCGCCGACGAGGACGUUGCGGGCUACAUGGGCCGGCUGCUCGGACAGGGCGAAUUAUAGCCAGCAUUGCCAGUUUUUUUUUUGCAAGCAAAAAAAUAGAUACUGUGGAGAAGGGUACCGUCCCCGCAUCAUGUGCUCCGGCCACAUGAGUGAAGUGGCGCACCGCAUCACCGCAUUGCCAGCAGCAGCAUCACCGACAGCAGAAGCAUCGUCAGCUCAAGCAACGUCAACCUGUAGACUGCCCAAGACUACCUCGACUACACCCACUCGCAAGACUCUGCCAGCAACACACCCCUUGACAAGCGCAGAAAGCCUUCACCCAUCCCUUGCACCCCCCGGCCCCCCCGAAAAGGGUAUCAAAGCCGCUGCGGUCCCCUCUCCAUCUGGACGCCCAGGGAAAGCUUCUGGAAUCCGUGUCAUGUUGCAACACCACAUGCUCGACACUCCGCCAACGGCGUCUAGUCCACUCCGUCUAGGUGCUGCUGCUGCUGUCCUUCACGGCCGCCUGUUACGGCCGGCCGGCCCCCGUGUGCUCUUGCUGAUCAAGCGCCUCGUUGCUUCUCAUCUCCGGCCAUGCAUGUCCAAAUCGUCAUUUGCACAUUGUGCCCGCCAUGAGCAGCCCGUCGCAAUCUUCGCUCACGCCUAUCCACGUGUGCACAACGCUUUCGCCGUGCCCGUCGGUCAGCUUAGAUCCGACUAA